AGAAGGAUUGAAUUUGCGGUUCGGGACGACAGUUUCUGUUCCACACAAUAACGACAGCGACAACGACAACGACGACCGUCACGAUCGGACGCCAUGCUACCAAGGACUAUUCCCCACUUUACCACUGCCGCGAUUCGUUGUGGACGUAGGCAGCAGUGCACUGCUGCCCGUUCGGUGGCAUGGGUCGAAACGACAACAGUAGGGGCUUCCGCGCUGUGCCGUCGCCCCAAUCUCCGGCAACUGGGAGGAAACCCGGCUGCCGCUUUGUUUCGGGCCCGGAGCCUCUCCACGGGAAACAACAACAACAACAACAACAACAACAACAACAACAGUGGAAGCGACAACCAUCACGGAGUGGGUCGGAGUCCGCCCGGGAUGUCUGCCUCAGGAGAUGCGAGGCAGGCUGCUGCGAAAGGUCCCGAAUCGGCCGCUGCGGGUAGCCUUUCGUCCGUGAAUCCCCCAUCUCCCAUAGACAAUGCUGCUAGUGCCAAAAGCACCGGAACUCCACCAUCCGCAUUGGAACAGCCGCUACAACACUCGAUCCCGUCGUCUGACUCUCGUUCCCCGCCCGCCUCGUUGUCCACCACGCCGUUGACCGCAACAAACAACAACAAUGCGAAAGAAUCGUCUUCGCCCGUCCCCCCACCCGCGGCUCCUUCUGUGAAAUCGCCGAUAGAUCCGUCCCAAAUUACCAGCACCGAGGGAAACAAAUCGCCAAUCUCCCCACCGCUAACGUCCGCCGUGGAAACAGCCCAAACACCACUCGGAGAAGCAUCGGAGGCGACGGCUGCCCCCCCUGCCACCGGCGGGGCAGGAAGCAUCGUCUCGGAGUACUACGACAAGGCCCACCGGCUGUGGUCGGACCGCUCCGGGAUGUCCGAGAUUCUCGAGCUGAAGGAGUCCGUCGACGCUGCCGGAGCUGCCUAUGACCUGGCCUCGGCGGAGGUCAUCUCCAACCGGAGGAACCUCGACGACUCCCUCCGCAAAUGGGAGGUCGCCAGUGGCCAGCACCUCCAGCUGCUCCAGCGGCGCGAGUCCUGGACGCCGGAAGACGCCCAGCGGUUUGCGGACUUUGUAUCGCUCGAGAUCACGAGCCGUGCCGAGCUCGAGCAGGCCCGGCACCUACUGGCACGGUCGGAGGAGCUUUUGACCAAGGCGCAGCUGGACUACAUCAACAAGAUGCGGAGGCGGUACCACGAGGAGCAGAUCUGGCAGGAUCAGUGGCGUGUUUUGGGGACCUACGGGACCUGGGCGCUGAUCUGCCUAAACUCGUGCGUCUUUCUGGGCUCCCAGUACUUUCAGAGGCGGCGGGAACGGGAGCGAACGGAAACGAUCGCGCAGCUGAUCCGGGACAGCAACAAUGGCAACAACGCACUGCAGGCAGAAGGAUCCCAGGUGCCCGCGGUUGCCACCGAUGAGGCAAGCGAUGCAGCCCCGGCGCCGGUGGUGCAAACCGAGGAUGUAGCAGCGAACAAAAAAGAAGCAACCGACGAUUCGGUGCAUGCCAGAGASGCGUCCACAUCGGAAGCCCCGGCAAAGGAAGUCACCGGGAAAGGACCCUACCCGAGGGUUACUCUGGCGACGGAACGAAUUGGAAACACGGUAGCUACCAUCGGUGCCGCCGUAAACAAAUGGGAGCACAGGCUUCGGACCGAUGCAAAGGAGUUCGUGGUGUCGACGCACCAGAAACUUCACAAAGCCCUUCCCGCAAACAUUGCGGGCGAGAUGCCCCAAUCCGUGUCCGACAUCGACGUUCCCUCCGCCAUCAUCGGUGCCUCCGUCGGCGGAAUCACUGUUCUGGCCGCAUCGCUGCUGGUUUCGUCGCUCUCGGGAAGGAGGCGAUGAUGGCUUUUUGGACGACAGAUGUGCCUCGAUCGUUUCAAAUUAUUUAGAAGAAUAUGGUUCCCAAUGGAAUGGAUGUUUUUGCUACUAGAUCGGGAACCAUAGUGACGAGAUUUUUUCUCACUUGRCGCGAAAUUUGGAAACGUCUUUCAGAGAGCACGUGAGCACUAGAUUGAGAACAGUUUUGAGCACAUAAUAGUACUAUUUUCUUCAAUCUUCCUGAAUUGAGCUACAAUUGUGUUUGAAAAAUAAUGAGAAGAAAGAAACAAACACCCGUACAAAGAGAAGGUCUCGAGCUAUUUAUCUGUCAGAAGGAUGGGGCAUCCCUUUUAGAGAUUAAAAGAUCAAUACCGAU